AUGGCUCCUCUCCCCCAGGUGAUGCAAGAACGUUCGGUUCUCUCGUCCAUGGCCGCACCCAAAGACGUGUCGCAGGUUCGAGUGGGGAAGGGAAAGCCCUUGCCAUAUGGGUGCUCCGAAGCCAAAAAAGGCGUGAACUUCAGCAUCCUGGCACCAGAGUCGACCGCCGCGUGGUUCAUCCUCGAAGUCCCAGGGGGCCAGGAGAACGCCAUCUCGCUCCCGGGCAAGAAGGGCAGCUUCGUUCAACUGCAGCUGCAGCCAUCAUCGCAUCGGACGGGCAACACCUGGCAUAUCCAGGUGACAACUGCCUUCCCCAUGGAGGGCUUGCGCUACGCCUGGCGCGUUGAUCCAGAGAUGUUUACAGACGACGGGGAGCCGGACCUCACGGAGAACUCCGUCCUCGACCCUUGUGGUCGCUGCCUGACCUCCGGAGGUGCAGACAGCUGGAACAAGCGCGGCGAGGACAUCAAAUUCGCCCCAAUGUCGGUGAUCCCCAAUUUUCGUGCGCUCGACUCUUUUGAUUGGCAAGGUGUCACCUCCCCGGGAUACGCGCUGAAGGACCUGGUUAUCUACGAGGCCCACGUCCGAAGCUUCACCAAGCACAAAGACAGUGGUGUGAAGAGCACGCACGCCGGCACGUUCCUGGGAUUUAUCGAGAAGAUUCCUCACUUGGUGAGCUUGGGCAUCAACUGUGUCGAGCUGCUUCCAAUCUUCGAAUUCGAUGAGAGCCAGGUCCCGCUGGUUCACCCCAAGACUGGCGAGUUCUUGUGCCAGUACUGGGGCUACCAGACUUGUGCCUACUACGUGCCGAUGCAGCGCUUCUCGGUCCAUGCGGGAAAGCAGGCCUGGGCCGCCAUCGUCGAGUUCAAGACCUUGGUACGCGAACUCCACAGAAACGGCAUCGAGGUUGUGCUCGACGUUGUCUUCAACCACACUGGCGAAGGGGCCUGGGGCUGCAGCAACUGGAACUGCUUGGCCAAGAUUGCUGCGAGUCACUACUACCUGCUUUCGAACGGCUACCACACCAACUACACCGGCUGCGGUAACACAGUGAACGCCAACAACCCCAACUGCGCAGAGUGGAUCGUCGACUGCUUGCGCUACUGGGCCCUCGAGAUGCACGUCGACGGCUUCCGGUUUGACCUGGCCUCUUCGCUGACGCGUGGAAGUGAUGGCCAGUGCAUGCCGGACCCGCCGCUGAUCAACCGCUUGACGAACGACCCGUGCCUGCAGCACGUGAAGCUCAUUGCAGAGCCCUGGGACUGCGCCUGGCCAGAUGGGUACCUGGUGGGGCAGUUCCCCUGUGGGGGUGUGCCCCGCUGGGCGGAGUGGAAUGGCAAGUUCAGAGACACCGUGCGAGGUUUCAUCAAGGGCGAUCCGGGCAUGAAGGGCCAAUUCGCCACUCGAGUCUGUGGCAGCCCCGAUCUGUACGAGGAGAAUGGACGAGGUCCCUGCCACUCCAUUAACUUCAUCACGGCGCACGAUGGCUUCACUCUCCGUGACCUUGUGUCUUACAACAAGAAGAACAACCAUCUGAACAACGAGGAGAGCGGCGACGAUCAGAACCUGUCUUGGAAUUGCGGCGAGCCCCACGAGGAAGGUGAUUGCAAGAACGUGAAGGUGCUGAAGCUCAGAGAUCAGCAGAUGCGCAACAUGCUCUUGGCCCUCCUCCUCUCGGCGGGCACGCCCAUGAUCACCUCUGGGGACGAGUACGGACGGAGCCAAGGAGGCAACAACAACACGUGGUGUCAGGAUGAGUUGAACUGGUUCUCCUGGGAGAACUGUGCCAAGGAGGAGGAAUCGCUUCUCCGCUUCUUCCGUCGGGCCAUCUGCCUUCGGAGGCAGCACGGAGACCUUCUGGCCCGUACCGAUUUCAUGACGCACGAGACGAUCCAGUGGAAUCACUUGAACUGGGAUGACGAGUACAACUUCCUGAGUUUUAUCCUUCACCGACCAGGUGAGGAGGUGGAGGGCGCAGACCAGCCUGAAGAGGCCUCUGUCGUCAGCGCCGUGGCAUCAAAGGCAGGCAGCAGCCACGUCAGCACCCGCGACAGUGAACGCCGCCAGUGCACUGCACUGCUCGUGGCGUUCAACGCUGGGCACCUCGCGCACGAAUGCCACCUUCCCCCUGGACGGGACUGGUUCCGAUUAGUGGAUACCAGCCUGCCGGCACCGGAGGACAUUGUCGACUGCGACGAGGAUGCCCAGCUCAUCUCUGGCGAGUCCUACGUCAUGACCCCCUACAGCUGCAUCAUCCUACGCAGCUUCGCUGACCUCGCGGACGCCCAGCGCUACGACACCAGUGAGAUGGAACCGAGUCAUGCCAAGCAGCUCGAAGCGGAGCUGCGCCAGGUGGCCCAGCAGCCUCUGCAGGCACAGCUUCUGGAGGACGGCUUCGAGGAAGUUGGCCCUGUCCCCCUGGCAGGUGCAUCAGACCUGGUUGGGAGGCUUCCCUCGGCCAAGGCGAUGACCAAGAUCAUGGGUGCCUGA